AUGCGAGAUCAGACGUUGACAACUGAGAAAUCUAAUUCGUCAGAAUCCGACGAAAAGGAAGCGUUUGCUCAAGAUAGGGCUGGGAAGCUGGGGACGAGAGACAAGGUCCUACGAUGCGAUCCCGGGACCGUGGGAAAGGCUUCGUCGUCUUCGAAUUUCGAUAGCGUGCUCUCGGCGCGUGGCAAGGUCCAAGGUCCGAGCCCCGCGCCAUGCAAAAUUUCUUCCAGUGCGGCUGUCUUUUCAGCUGGCCUUUCCGGAUAUGGAGAUGUUGCCGUGUUUUCUCUCGUAGAAUACAGCGAACGGCACUGUUUAAGACCUGUCAAAGUCCCAUCUCGAGAGUCGACACUUUGUUCAGAUGCAAGGCUGCUUUUCGCCGUUUUCAUCGUGUCUCUUGCUGAUUCGAGGGGUCUGGCCGAGGCGGGAAAGGAGCUGCUAAAAAAGCGGGACCAGGCUGCGACGAGCUGGACGAAUCCAACUCAUCUGGGCGGCUGCAUUAUCAAUGUGAUGAAGUCGUCUUUGCCUGCAGUAGCCAACAAGAGAAUUCUUCCUUACAGUCGCGCGCCCUAUUUGCCUAUUCAUGUUGCGUAUGCCAAGGUAGGUUCUCUCGGGAAGAGCAAUGGUCCAGCAGUCCUGGGCGUAAAAAAGAAAGGGACACUAGUGAAUAAGGGCCUUCCACUUUUCGAAGUUUCUGCCGGCGUUCGCGAUGUUGGUCACAGCGCUGCCAGAUGCCGCGAGCCUGGUCUCGACCUUUCGACGCAGGCCACAACCCUUGCAAUCUUUCACGAUGUCCUGAACAACUGGACGGCAACCCAGCUCUGGCUGAAAACCAUGAGUUCGUAA